ACCUUGUUACGGCAUAGAGAGUUAGACGCGAGCAGAGUCACGACACGGUUAUAGCGAUUUUGUGUGCAUUGCGAGAGCGUUAUUGGCCAUCAGCGCCGUGUGUUAAAGCCGGAAUCAUGUUUUCAAUAUCCACAACAAUCAUCCUGAUUUUAAGUUGCAUCGGGACCAGCGUGGCCAGUGGCCAAUUUCGAGGCGGCCAUGGCUCCCAUCAGCACAUGAAGAACAGUCACCAACAUCACGUCCCGCAGCGACAGGAGUCGGGUCCGGUCCAGUCGGUUCUCCAGGAUAAGAAAUUAAUCCACGAUCACGAGCAUCUGAAAGAAGAUUUGAAAGACGUUUAUACAGAAGAGGAGAUCUUCAAGAUGACGACGGAUGAGAUCGAAUUUCACUACUUCAAGUUGCACGAUUACGACGACAACAACCUGCUGGACGGCAUUGAAAUCAUGGCGGCCAUUUCUCACAUCGUACCACACGAUCCUGAUUUGGACUUGGGCCGCCAGCCAGAAGGCUAUAUCCUCACCGCCGAACAGCAGCUCAGAUUAAAAGCGGCCCAGCAAAGCAAAGCCGACCAGAUUGAACAUUUUACAAGCAUGAUUGAUAAGAUGAUUCAGGACAGCGAUAAUGACAAGGACGGAUUCGUCAAUUAUCAGGAGUACAAGCGUGUCCGGCGACCAGAUGGCGUUUGAAACGCGGGACCUGUUUGUGAUCGCCGCGUCAUUCUUCGUGCAAACGCUAGAUGUCGACAGUUACCGCAUCCGAGAGCCAGAAUUUGGAUGAACCCAAAUACAACAAUAAACAUUUCUUAACUUA